AUGUUUUUACAGCAACUUGCAAGUUGCCUUCAAGAAGGCAUAUCUUUCUGGGAAAAUCAAUUGCUCUAUGAAACUCAAAUUUCUGUUAGUGGUAAAGUUAUCGAGUUGAGAUUAAAUUGUAAGGUGUGGAAUUUGGAUAAAGUCUCCACAUUAUUACAAAAACCUGUUGAAAGACGUUCACAUGUUAAGAGUUUACCAAAAGUGCAAUUUUUGAAAGAAUUGAAAGUUGUCUCAACACUCUGUACUCCAUGUGACACUUUACCUUCCACAAAAUCCGUUGUUCCACAACUAAAUGAAUUUCUAGGAUCGCUGUUCGUCUCCCAAUUGGAGUUUAGGUACGCAUUCGUCUUCUCAGUGAUAGCUCGAAGGAAAUUUUUAGCACAAGAAUCUAGCAUUGGACCCAUAUCCUAUGCAUUGGCAAACUCCUCUGCACUCUUACCGCUUCUCACUAAACUGAUAGGAGAUGAUUCCACAGCUACUUCGGCCUAUCAACUGGUGAGCGUUGGUAAGAAGAGGUCCAAGGAUUUAUCGUUCCAAAUAGACAAAACAAAUAUAACACCUCAUGCAUUUUUGUACCUAUACUUCAUCUUACGCAAUUGGUUCAGUUCUUGUUCCAUAUCUUCAGACCAUUUCUUCAAGGUUCGAGUGAUUAAAAACAGUACAACAGGUAUUUGA